UUGAAAAAAAUAACUUUUUCAUGGAAUUUUCCAUUUUUCAUAGAUGUUUCAUGGAACAAUUACAAAAGAGCUAACCAUCCAUGAAGAAUGGAGUCACUACAACGAAAGCAUGAUAGAAGAUCAAAAAGACUUUGUUUUUGUGAAGUUCAAUGGCCUUCUUUUAAAAUCCAUGGAAAAUUUACAAUCCUGUAUCUCUCUUAGAGUAUGCAUCUUCUCAAACAAUUUUAUUACAGAUAUACAGCCGCUUGAAAAUUGUUUAAAAUUAAUCAAACUUGAUCUCCAUGGAAAUCAGAUAAAGAAUCUACCAGGAACCAAAUUUUGGAUUGGAUUGAAGAACCUAAAACUCCUCUAUCUCCAUGACAAUGCAUUUGUGAAGUUAAAGAAUAUAAGCGUGCUAUCUGCUUGUUCUAAUCUCAUUGCCCUCACUUUGUUUGAUUGUCCAGUAAGCCUUAAAAAAGGAUAUAGACAUGUCCUUGUUAAUAGUAUAUGGUCUCUCAAGGCACUGGAUCAUCAUGUGGUUUCUGAUGAAGAAAUAAUUCAGAACUGGCAUCUUCCUGAAAGAUUCAGAACAUGUAACCACCGACUUUUCUUGAAUUUCUGCCCUGCUUUGAGAAAGGGAACAACCUAUGAGGAUGAAAUUAAUAAUAUUAAACAUAUUAUUUCAAAUAUUAAUGAAAUCCUGGCUCAUAAUUCACCAGUUUUGAUUAUUCAAAGAUGGAUACGUGGCUUCUUAGUUAGGAAGAAAUUGAGCCACUUGUUUUUGUGUAAAAAAUAUCAGGGAAAACUUACUAGGAGUUGUGACACAAAAUGGAUUUAUAUAUACAAAGAAUAUGAAGAUAACCUCCUUAAAGAUCUCUUUUUUAAACCUGAACCUGAUAUAAGAGAAACAUUUACACAUUGGAAAUAUAAUAUACAUUCGCCAGUUAAUUUUAAAAGUUUUCGUGAACAGAGAAAGUAUAUUUCCUCUAUUUUAUCUGAAUUAAAAACAAAAGAUACUGGCAUAAAAUCAAAAAAAUCAAGAUAUCUAAUUCAAAAAGGUCAGAAGGAAUCUGAAGAUGAAAUUGAGGAUGAAGAACUGGAUGCCAGUUUUAAGAUAACAGUGUCCAAACUACCAAUAUGUACUUCAGAGUCAUGGAAGGAUGCUGCAGUAUUGAAAGAGCGAAAACAAGAAACUUUUCCUACAUAUGUCCAGCCAUUUUCUGCCAUUCAUCAAAAACCAAUAAUUAAAAGUGACACAGAGUCGGAGAGGAAUGUAAGAAAAGAGUUUUUUAUAACACAGAGAAGUGGUAUAAAACUCCAAGCACUCUGUGAUAUUGAUAAGUAUUACUCAGAACAAAAGAAAUAUGAAAGCCAUAAAAAAAAGUUAACGGCUGUAACCAGGGCACAAGUUGCCAAAGGAAUAGUUAGGCGAACCAUUAAUGAAACUCUAUCUAAGAAAAAAUGUGCUGCACAACAACGAGAUUAUAAAGAUACUGAGAUGAUUCAGAAGGGUUUACACCAUCGUUGGCAGAACAGAUAUGACUACAUUGAAAAAGUUAGAGAGAGGAGGACUCAGUUUCUAGAAGUAAAGAAACAAAAAGCUGCAGACCGUUUAUUAAUUCAGGAAUUAAGUAAUGAGCACACUCUUUUCACCCAAGGAAUAAUUAAAGCUGACAAAUUGAGAAAGGAUGCAGCUGUUUUAAGAGAGAAACACUACAUUGUUCAGCAAAAACUAAACAUGGAAAAAUAUCAAAAAGAAUUACUUAAACAAACGAAGGAAAUUAGGGCUCAGGAAAUACAUAGAAAACACUGUGAAGAAAAAUUUGUGUGUGAUAUGAUCAGCUUUCAAAAGGCCUGUGAAAGAUUUCAAGAAGCAAAAACAAGAGCUGCAGUCAUAAAAACAAAUCGUGUCUUCAAAUUUCCCGGAGAAAUGAUAGAAUGA